AUGAAAAUAAUAUAUCAUGUACUUAUAUUUUUACUUCAUUAUAAUAUUAUAAUAAAAGCAAAAGAAAACAAAAAUGACAAUUUCUUAAACGGUAUUUAUAAAUUACAAAAUAUAUGGAGAAAUACAACUCUUGGAGAAUUAGACCUAAAAAAGGCUAAUAUGGAAAAUGCAGAAGGAAUAAUAGAAAAAUUCAAUGACUCAAAAAAAAACGAUAUAAGUCGUCAUCCUCAUUUUAGAUCAAAGCUAUCAUUCUUAGAACAUAAAAAUCAUAAUGAUAUGGGAAUAGUAUCAAAUCAUCAACAUAAAAUAAAAGAUCAUAAAAACGAUGAACAUAUUUCUCAAGAAAUUAUUGACAUGAAACCUCAAUUAGCUAGCCAAGAAAUGUGGAGAAAAGGAGAAAACUUUUACAUGCAUGGAGCUACAAAUACAAAUGAACAAAAUGAUGAUGAAGAUUUUUUUGAAUCAUUUCAUAACAAUCAUAAUAGCAAUAUAAAAAUUAAUAGUCCAUGUUUCGAUUUACAAGAGAAAGAAAUGUGUUCUAAUAAUAAAGGAUGUUUUUAUGAUGAUACAUAUAAAGCAUGCUUUCAAAAUUGUAAACUUCUAAAUGAAAAAAAUUGUUCCUUAUAUUCAGAAUGUAAACAUACUUUUAAUGGAUGUGAAAAUGAAGGAUACCUAAAUAUCGAAGUAUUUGGUUCAAACCUCGGGGGAGACGUAAGAGCAUGCGAACUCUUUGAAAGUGAAGGGUCAUGCUAUCUUAUGGAACAAUUAUUCAAAAAAUUAAGCCAAGAUAAAAAAGAAACAAAUUUCAAUUGUGUAUGGCUUUCUUAUAAACAUGAGCUCAAAAGUUACAAUGAUGAAAAUGAACCCAAAACAAUUAAUAAUAACAUUGGAACAUUCGAAAAUGAAAAUGAAAAUGAAAAUAAAAAUAAAAAUAAAUAUAUAUAUAUGAAUAAUGUAGAAAAUGAACAUAAAAAUCAUCAUUUAGAAAAUGUACAUAAAAAUCAUCAUUUGAAAAAUCCAUAUCAUGAAGAUAUAAAUAAUAACAAACACAAUCAUUUUAAUUAUCAUGUUCUAAGUUCAUCUGUACCUAGACAAAUUGUUAAGAAUGAAAAGUUCUUGUCCUUGUUAGAAUUAAAUUUGAAGGGCAAAAAAAAAGAAAUAAAUAAAAAUAAUAAAAAUAAUAAAAAAAAAAAAAAAAAUGAUGAUGAAGAUGAAGAAGAUGAUGAUGAUAUAGAAGAUGAAGACGAUGAUUUAGAUAUAGAAGGAAAAAAUAACGAAUUUAAUGAUGAAGAAGGAGAAGAAAAUAGUAAAGAUUUAAAAAAUAAUAAUAUUGAUGAAAAUGAAGAAGAUGGCAGUGAUGAUGAAGAUGAUCUUUUUAAUAAUGAACUAAAAAAUAAAAAAAUAAACAACAACAACAAUAAUAAUAAUAAUAAGAAUAAGAAUAAGAAUAAAAAAGAUACAAACAAAAAAAAUAAUAAAAUAAAAAAUGAAUUUCAUGAUGAUAAUAAUGAACUUUCAGAAGAAAAUCUAAUAAAUGAUGAUGAAAAAAAAAAUAAAAAAAUUAAAAAUAAAGACAUAAAUGAAACUGAUAAUAUUUCUGAAAAUAAUGAAAUAGAAAUAUCAUCAACAGAUUUAACAGAACAGUAUGAAGAUAAAUAUAAUUAUGAUAAAAAAAAUAAUAUAAAUAAUAUAAAUACAAAUAAUAAUUUUAAUAAUAUAAAUACAUUUGGUAUUAAUAAAGAUAUCUUACAUAAUAAUAAACAUAUUAAUCAUUCUUCACAUAUACAUAAUGAAGAAAAAGAUAUAUUAAAACAUAAUUUCUAUGGAAGAGACAAAAAUGGUACUUAUGAAAUAAUUAAAGUUGAAACACAUAUAUGUGCAAAUUUAAAUGAAAAACCAAACCCAUCAACUUUAUUAGAAGGUGCUUUAAUAGCUGAAAAUGAAGCAGAAUUACAAAAACUUAAAAAAAAAUAUAAAGUUACUGACAAUGAAAUAUGUGUUAGACCUACAAAUUCUUCAUAUGUUUCUCUUAUCCCUGAUAAAAAAUAUUAUUUACUUGGUGAAAAAAUAGAAUUUAAAUGUCAAGAAGGGUAUAAAAUAAUAGGUACAACAAAUAUUGGUGUAUGUACAGGUAGAAAUAUUAUAUCACCAAAUAUAACUUGUGAAUCCUUAACAAAUUUUGAUGAUAUAGAAAAGGAUAAUAUACAGAAAAUGAAUAAUAUUAUUAAUUCGGCAUCAAAAUAUACCCUCUAUAAUAUUAUUAUAAUAGUCUUUAUAAUUAUUAAUCUUUUUUUCUGCACAUAA